AUGGUCCAGAGCGUCGAGAGUUUCUGGCUGCAAAGCAUGUCAGAAGCCCAAAAAAUCAUUGAUACUGCCUUCCCCAGCAAUUCCCAGCCCAUAACCUCAAUCACCGAGCUCCUCGACGGCGCCUACAAUACCUCCUACCUAAUAGAGCUCCAAGGCGGGUCAAAAUACGUUCUCAAGAUCGCACCCCCGCCAGACGUUCGUGUACUGCGCUAUGAGAACUACAUUCUCGAAGCAGAAGCUUCGGCCCUACAGCUGAUACGUGAAAAAAGCUCUGUGCCGGUUCCCGAGCUAGUCAUAUACGAUGACACCUGUGAGAUCCUCGACUCCCCUUACAUCCUCAUGACCUACCUUCCUGGCGUAACACUCGAUAAGCUCCGCCCCACCCUGUCAAAAUCCGAGUCUGAUGCAAUUGACUAUUCCGUUGGCCAGCACAUGCACCAGCUCGGGCAUGCGCCCGCCGCCGACCGAAAGUGCUUUGGUGGGGGCGUGGAUAAAGCAAAGCUCUACACCUCAUGGCGGGAGUGUUUUCUCGCAUUGACAGAAGCCAUACUACGGGACGGGGAGGACAUGCUGGUACUGCUGCCCUACGAGCAGCUGCGGCAGCAGUUUAGGAAAUGGGCAUAUACGCUCGAUGAAGUGGUGCAGCCACAGCUGGCGGUUCUGGACUUUGGGGACGGGAGUGUGCUGGUGGAUCCGCAGACUAAGAAGGUGACGGGUAUUAUCGAUUUUGAGAGGGCAGGCUGGUUUGACCCGUUAUUGUCUGCGGCGUUUAGAGGGCCCUCGGCGGCGUUUGUGGAGGGAUAUGGGAAGGGUGUGUUGGAUACAAGAAAUAAGAGGUGCCGGUUAUUAAUGUAA